AUGAAUAAAUUUAUAAUUAUUUUGUUCUCAUAUUUGGUUGUUCUGUUGAAUAUCCAAAUCAAGGGUAAAAUGUUUGAGGUUAAAUUAAAAAUAAAAGAAGAUUGGGAAGAAAAAAGAGAAUUUAUUCAUUUAAAAAAUUUUGAAAUAAAGGAACGUUUUGUCAUAAUAAUGAAUGUAAAAACAAAAAGUAGAAUAGUUGAUUAUAUUUAUAAUAAUAAUGGAUCGUUUUGUAAGCUUGAAGUAAAUCCUGUUAAUAGAGUUUUUAUUGCUAAACUAAAUAACUGCUCUAGAAUUAGCUCUCAAUUAAAAAUGAGAAUUUUGAUUGAAAUUGCCAAUAAUGCAAUUGUUAAGAAAUUUUUGAACAACUUGGGAAAUCAGGUUCGCCUAAACAAUAAUUUUAUCAAAAAUAAUGAUAAUUAUGAAACUUCUAUAUUAGAAGAAAGUUUAAUAAAUAUAAAUAAAAAAGGAUUAUUAAAAGAAAAUAUAGAAAAUUACAAAGACAAACUUUUAUUAAGUUAUUGGUCUGAAAUUAAUUUAAUUGGAUAUAAAAUUGAAUUGUUAGGAAAACAAGAAUUAGAAUAUCCAAAAGAAAAAAGCAGAAUUAUUUAUAUUGGCAAUAAAAUGAGUAAAUAA